AACCCUGAAUUUGACAUGUGAACCUUUUGAACAUGUGCAUCUCCAUGCACGUGUAUAAUAAUAAUAAUAAUAAUAAUACAGUAAUAACGUCAAGAGGAUUAUGUUAGGUCUGCGUAUACACUAUAUACUGUACUGUACAUCCCCCAUAUCCCCCUAUUAACAGUAUUAUGUAGUAUUUAUAUAUAUAUAUAUAUUAUUAUUAUAUUGAGGCUGGGGAUCCCAUUUUUUUUUCUAAAUUUAGCAAACUGUGAUCCCUGAGGCCCAAAGGUUAAAGUCCCGUGAGCCGGGGCAGAAAUAAUCAGCAGCUGUCGCAUCCUCGACCUGUCUGGCCUCACAAGACACUCCUCUGAUCUCUGUUGUGGGAAAGUGACAGCAGAACGGAACAGAAGGGACACAAACCAGGUUUUACUCCACUAAGGGAAGGACCUUAAUGGCUCCAGGACGUAGGUAAAGGCCUGACGGGCAGUGGCGAAGUAGACCAGUGUGAAUUUCCAUCUUUAGAUUUUGCUGACUAGUGCCACCGGACGCCCCCUCUCACCUCUCGCAACGAUUUUUAAGGAGAGCAACGCUAAAGGCUGCAUCUGCUGGGCAACGCUAUGCAGAGGUGUCCCCAGUCCGCUCCAGCCGCUCGGCAACACACGAGUGAAGCUAAGUCACCUGAUACGACCUUGUUUGACGACCUUGGAUGCCGUGAGCAGCUGGAGCCCAGGCACAGCCAGGACUCAGAGGACCCCAGAGAAUACUGUUAUGGUGGGUACCAUCCUGUCCAGAUAGGUGAUGUGUUUAACAGGAGAUACCAAGUGGUUGCUAAGCUUGGCUGGGGCUACUUUGCCACUGUCUGGCUCUGUCUGGACCUCAGAGCGGGUCGUCGUGUCGCUGUGAAGGUCCUCAAGAGUGGAGCUGGCUUCACCCAGGCGGGACAGGAUGAACUGGCUCUCCUACGAUGUGUUGGUGGCCCUGUGCGUCGUCAUCCCUCCGGCCGGCGAAUUGUUCAGCUGCUUGAUGAAUUCAAGCUGGCCGGGAUCAACGGGGUCCACAUGUGCCUGGUCUUAGAGCUGCUGGGACCCGACCUGAGAAGUUGGCAAUUGUGUUUUGGGAAACCGGGACUGUCACACACGCGUGUCAAACAAGUUCUUACACAGGUUCUGCAAGGCCUCGACUACCUCCACACUCAGUGUAAAAUCAUCCACACUGACAUCAAGCCAGAAAACAUCCUGCUGUGUCUGGAGCAGCAGCCUCACAUCCUACCAGCAGGGGGCGGCAGCUCCUGCUCUGCUCUGACUGGGAAGGAGGCCAAGUCCACAGAGAAUAAACAGGUGAACCCACGCAGCUUAAAGGACAUGACGGUGAAGAUCGCUGACCUGGGCAGCUCCUGCUGGGUGUACAAACAUUUCUGCGAGGAGAUCCAGACCCGUCAGUAUCGCUCCCUCGAGGUUCUACUGGGCUCUGAGUACGGCCCGCCCGCGGACAUCUGGAGCGUCGCUUGCUUGGCCUUCGAGUUGGUCACUGGAGACUCUCUGUUUGAGCCGAAAGCUGGCGAGUUCGUUUCCCUGGAGGAAGACCACAUCGCUCAGAUCAUGGUGCUGCUUGGUAAAAUACCACCUUCCAUUGCUUUGUCGGGUAGAUACUCUAUGGACUACUUCAGUCGUACAGGUGACCUGCGUUGUGUCGGUCCACUGAGGCUCUGGAGCCUUUAUGACGUUCUGGUGGAGAAGUACCACUUCCUGUUGGAGGAGGCGUCUGGAUUCUCUGACUUCCUCCUCCGCAUGUUGGAUUAUCAUCCGGACAGACGGGCCACGGCUGCUCAGUGCCUGCGUCACCCCUGGCUGAACUUGUGAUGGCCUCAUCAAAGCCCCAGAGGCUUCUUCCCCAUCCGCAGUUGGAUGCUUUUAGCAGCUGUACCGGUCCAGAUUCAGAGCUUCUUUACACUUUAAUACUAAAGAAAGAAAGAGUUGUCAGUCACGCCGAUUUGUGGGCUCUGUCUGUGAACUGGGCUCUUGUCCCUACUCAGCCUUGGACACCAUUAUGCACUAUGAGCAAGUGAUUCUAAAAUGCCCAUUGCUGCACUCACAGACCUGCCUCCACUAGGCAGCGUGGAGUUGGAGGCUCACUUUGAGAGCAGCUCGUGAUGUAUUAGUAAAGCUGUGCAGCAAUCGAUGAUCUUGCAAAGCAACUGUGUUUUAAAUAUACUUUUGCCAGAUCAAUCACA